AUGCGGUGUUGGAAAACCAAUCGUUUGAACCUCCUAUAUCUUACCAAAGUGAACCACUCCUACGCAUGUAAGUGUUUCAAAUUGAUAUAUGACAAUAUCUACUUUCGAUCACGUGUCUUGGGGUGACUUAGAUGGAUAGCGCGUCAUCUCGCCUUCCCAAAUGUUCUCCUUCUGCAGUUCAAUCCAAAAAAUCUAUCUAUAGUGCACGAGAACGGGAAGAACGAUGUUUAACUCGGUUAAUCUGGGAAACUUCUGCUCACAGACGCGAAAAGACAGGACUUCUGAGUUCGGCGACAGAGCAAGCUGUGGGUCCAACCUUUACCUCCCCAGCUGCACCUAUUAUGUCCCCGAAUUUUCUGCCGUCUCUUCCUUCCUGCCACAGGCCCCUUCUCGGCAAAUCACCUACCCUUACUCCACGAACCUCUCCCAAGUGCAACCGGUUCGAGACGUUUCUUACAGUUUGGAGCCUUCAAGUAAGUGGCACCAUAGAGGAAACUAUGCAUCCUGCUACUCAGGGGAGGAACUGGUACACAGGGACUGCCUUCCGCCAUCGUCCACCAUGACAGAAAUGCUGAUGAAAAACGAAAGUGUCUACAGCCAUCACCAUCACCACCACCACCACCCAAGCUCCAACCACCCUUCCACGGGCUUUUACUCGGGUGUAGGGAAAAACAACGUUCUUCCGCAGGGCUUUGACCGCUUUUUCGAAAGCACACACAGCGGGGCGGAUAACAGCUCGCAAGAGAACUGUUCUCAGAAGGGCGACUCCAGUAAACUGGAUUCAGCGUCUCAACCGCCUGCCGCCCUCCACAGCGCCGCCGACCCGGAGAAAGACCCAGAAGAUGAAGAGGAAAACACUAAUUCGGGUUCUUGUGCCUCUUCAUCGGUCACGAAAGACGACAGCGCCAGCAAAACCAGCCACUCGAGUACACCACGCACGAGGAAGAAGAGGUGUCCUUACACGAAGUUCCAGAUUCGAGAACUGGAAAGAGAGUUCUUCUUUAAUGUUUAUAUCAACAAGGAGAAACGGCUGCAGCUCUCCAGAAUGCUAAACCUCACUGACCGUCAAGUCAAAAUCUGGUUCCAGAACCGCCGAAUGAAAGAAAAGAAAUUAAGCCGAGAUCGCCUGCAGUAUUUUUCUGGCAACCCCUUAUUGUGAACUCUAAACUGAUAGCUUUGGUGAGAAAUAAUCAUUAAUAUUAUCACCUCUAAAACUGAAUUGCCUUUGGAGGACAAAGCCAGAGUCGACUUCAGCUAAUAACAAGUGUUAGGUCAUGGAAACGCUGGGACUGAAAAGAAAGAUAAGCAAUUAUUCAUCUUUUUUUAUGUUUCCUUGUUUUGUUGAACCAAUAACAAGAACCAGCAAAAAGCAAGACCUCAGAGAACUGUAUCUCUGACAAUAGCAGAGAAAUUAAGGUAACAUUUUCAUUUUUGUGUACAACAUUUUUGCCAAUUAAAGAUUUUUUAUUCACACGUUUGCCACAUUAAGCCAAAUAUGUCAAACAUUAUAAUCGCAAGUACGACAGUUCUCAGUAUUUUUUGUUUGAUUAUAUAGCCUAUUUCGAUUCACUUGUGAAAUGCUGUCUUUCCAGUGACAUUUCUCUCUUUUACCUCUGCAUUUCAACAUUAUCCUUUCUUUGUGAAAUGAUUUCGCUACAAACUGAACCGACUUGAGGACAGCCGCACAGAUUCUUCAUAGGUACCUUGCAGAUACAGACACAUUUUUGCCGCAACCAAGAACUUGGACACGAAUCAUUGGUCCCAAAUGAAUAAUGUCCUUUAAGAGACUAUACAAUAUGACUGACUGUAUAUAUGAAUUUCAUUUGUUUAUCAAAUUUGAUCCCUUAAACGAAUUACUAUCUUUGAAAGAUUUCAAACAAAUAACUUAAAAACUCUAUGGCUUACAAGCUCUUUGAUUCUAUAGUGAGCUUUUUGUUAAUUGCUUGCCGUUUGCUUGCCGAUUUUGAGUUUAUGCAGUAUGAAGAGAUGUCGUCGCAAAUAUGCAUCGAGUGAAAUAAUGUAACAAAAAUAAACGAAUAGUGAUUCUUAAAUCAA